CGUCACUAUAGCAACGGAUACAAUCUUGUAAGUUAGCGUGUGAACAAAUUCAUCUGUUUUUUUAAUAUUUGUGGCCCUAUUUCUCAGCCAGACAUGGUGGAGGAAUCAGAUACAUACCACAUCCGACCUAACCAUCGGCUCAAGUUUAAACCAGCCAUCGUAAAGGGAUACAUUCGUAAUAUUAUAAGGGAGCAUCUUUCUGACGUGCAGUACGACCCAGAGACUGCGGCAGAGCUGACCCGCUCACUGGCAGAGAGCGUGAAGGACAAAGUGAAGACUGCAGAAUUUGACAGAUACAAGAUUGUUGUGCAGGUGCUCAUCGGAGAACAACGAGGACAAGGAGUAAAGAUGUGUGCUAGGUGUUUGUGGGACGCAGACACGGACAACUAUGCAGAAGACGUUUUCAUGAAUCUUGUUCUGUGUGGUGACAGUUUUCGGAAGCUAUUAUUACUGAAGACUUGAAGCAUGGAUGACAGCAAAUCCUUAUAUAUAGAGAUAAGAAAUGAACAUUUGUGAGAUGGCACACUGCCAGCUCUUCAGCUUCUGCAGAGUGGAAAUAUGUCAUUUCUGUCUCCUUUAGACGUAUGAUUCUCACACAGCCUGUGUAGGACCUUUGAUGAUGUAGUGAUAAUGUAAUGAAUGCCCUCAAUAUAAUUUCCUGACUUGAGAAGAUAGAUAUUGAUGACAGAAGCUGUUUGAACAGCUAAUUCUGGAUUGCACCUAAUGAUGUUCCAGUCUGGACUCACAGGUGUUGAAAAGAUUGUGUCAGCUCAGCUGGGCAAAAUAACUUUCCAAAAUUAAUUUUAUUUUAAAAGAUAAUUUAAUAAAAAUAAAUUAUCUUAAUCGACACAUGCUAUUGUUUAUCCUUUGUAGCAGCUGUAUCAGAAAGUGUCAGCAUCAUAACAGAAAUGAUUAUCAACUUUUAUAAUUAUAGAACUAGUCUACACAAAUCUAAAUACUUGGACAUAUAUGGAUUGCAUCACAAUUAUUACCACUUUUCUUUUAUUCUGCAUUCUACAAAUUCUCGUACUUCACACUUAUGCUUUAACUUAGUUUUUUGUGAAUAUUCAAAUGUCCAAAUGUUUAGAGCUACACAGACAGCUUCUAUAAUGAGUUAAAGAAACUGCUCAUAUUUGGAAAAUAAUACUAUCAUCAAAUUUAUGCUGAAAAAUAAUAGCCUUGUAAAGAAGUUAAUAAUGAAAAAUGAAACUAUAUCCUUGCAUGCUGCUGACUAAACAGACAAGGCAAAACACAUGGGACUUAAAUUUUUUAUGACAGAAAAGAGUUUUUUAUUCCCACAAAAUGACUCAUUCCUGCGAGAUACAACAUGUGAGGUGUCUCAAUUUUCCUCUAAAUUAAUCCAAUAAAAUUCAACAUCUACUUUUUUUCAACUGUUUCAUAUCCUCAACUUCCACUUAAACCUGAUACUUUACAGAUAGUUACUGUCAAAUUGAGUGCCUGGUGCAAGUUCUACUGAAGAUUUGCUUAAUGUGGAAAUUACAAAAUACUCUCCUAUUGUAAUCAUUUGUUAAAAUGAAAAUAGGCGUUUUGUAUUUUGUUGUCUUCUCGUUCCCAGUGAAGCUUUAAAUGAAUUGUCUCUUAGUUAAUAUUUUAAAAAUCCAACUCGCUGGCUGUCUUCCUGUCUUCUUUAUCUCUGCACAAUCUGUUUUCUCUUGGCUUUGAGAAAAGCAGUGUUUGUCACUGAUACCUUAUCUUAUCUGCUGAUGUAAGACUGCUCCAGAAUGAAAGAUGUCUGCUGCAGCAAAAACAUCACUGUAACUCAUAGUGGUUCAUGGGUAAGUAGGAUUGUAGAAAUGUUCUUCUCCUCUACUUAUAUUACUUCUAUCUUUCAGGAGACUGCAUAAUGUAAACUGCUCUGGUCUAGGAGAAUUCCCAGUAAUCUGCUAUCAGCCAUUUAAUAUGUUUACACUAAAUGCAUAAUCUCCCAUUUAAAUAUGAGCAAACCACAUCAGCACACAAGGAUGUUUUCUUGGUCAGGCUAAGGUAGGAGCAGAUCAAAUCAGCAGUUUCAAAAUUAGAAACUCGAGCAAAUAGUUUUGUCGAUAUAUCCCGGGGUUAUGUUUAUUCAGCAGAUUUGUUGUUUACUGCUGUGCUUCAGCCCACUGUCAUAAUGCAUGUACAGUUAACUUGGUGUUAUUGAAUCUUGGGGUCUUUGAUUUUAUUCCAGGAUAAAUUGCUGUUGAGUGAUUCUCAAUUUCCUAGUUUCUAGAUAUUCUUCACUGUUAUUCUUUCAAUGCUUUAUGUGUCUUUAGUUGUAAUAUUUCUUUUAGUGUUUAAAAGAAAUACUGUAAAAUAAAUAUUUAUACAGUAUUUCUUUCUGUCUGUUCAAACAAUGUUUUCAUUUUAAGUUUUUACCUGUGCAGCAGCUCUUCACAAUGGUCUUUGGUUGAUCUUUGAAGGCAGACAACUUUCCAAUGAAAAUAUCCAGCCACACUUAACUGUCCUGCCUUCAGCCUCGUCAUUUAAAGCUCUAACUGAGACCUGCAGACUCUGAGGUGAUGGAUAAUAUUUUUGCGGCAUGAUAUGGAUUGACCUGUAGAUGAACUAUGUCUUCUGUGGUCUCUUGAGCAAAUUACGUCCCAAACAUUUCUGCUUGUGAAUAAUCUAUUUUAUAAUAGAAAGGUAAUUUUCAAAUAGUUUUAGAAUUACCUUAUAAACCUUUUUAAAUAGAGGAGGAGCAAUUUUGGUUUUGUCAGUAAUUUCAGGUGGUGCUGUCAUUAUUUUAUCACACACCUGAAGACUCCAGAGCAGUAACUGGCUAAAUGUUUAGUUUUCAUAUUUGUUCUCCUAUGUUUCUACUUGUCCCAGGUUACUUAAGCCCAGUUCACAGGUUUCACUCGGAGGCAUUCUAAUUCCAGCUACGAAGUCCCUCCAAAUUAAAAUUCUGCGCUGCCACACCUGAAUUUAGAGUGAACAAACUAACAUGGACAUCGACGUUGAAGGGGUAACUUUAGUUUGCGGACUUAUGUUAACCCAAAAAAGACGUAACCAAAAACCAAAGCUUUGGAUUAAGAACUGGAGACACUGCGAGCAAGGAUUAUAUUUGUUGCAUCGCAACAUGGAGGUGAGGUUUUUUUCUUUUUUUCAUAAAAAAUACUGUUUUUAAUGUUUUCGGUUUGGUCGUUUAAUUAACCGUUACCGUUUAAGUAUAAUUUUUCGCUGUGUUUAUGUUGUUGUAGAAUAUAUGCAUAUGACGGAAUGACUGAAACAUCAGAGCAGCUUGAAGUAGAAGAAAGCAUUUCCUGCAUAUUCGUUAUUAGAAAAUCGGAUGGCAGUUAUUCUUUUUUCCCCAACUGACCGCGAAAGCUUAACGUAUUCCAGCUCCUUUCAUUUAAACUUAUUGUAUUGUUUAAAAUUGUAUUAUGACUGCAGAAUAAAAUCAAAUGCACC